UGUUUAUGUAAGGAUGCUGUCUAGGACAUUCCCUAGUCACCAAGUUGCCUAGCAUGGUUCUCAACAAGUAUCUGUGAUCUCAAGCAAUGGGUGACUGUACUUCUUUGCACUGAAUGGAAAACAGAGGAAAUGCCUCUUUUAAACCACCAAGAUUUCAACAGAAAGAUUUCUCCUGAAGACCUGAAGAAGACUCCUUCAGGCAGAUGGAGAUGGGAAGAGAAAAAUGGAGCUCAGAAAAGAAAAUGUCAUGACUCAGAAGCAGGAAGUGGACAAAGGGCUGUGUGAUGUCUUAGGAAGUCAAUGACAUGUGACAAGAAAGUGGAAGGGGAACUAUGGGUGUAUGGAAGGGACCAAGUGGAGGAAUUCUGAAGCAGCAAUCACUAUGAUUCCUUGGGCGUGGAGGCUACUUCCUAGAAAUGUCACCCAUUCCUUAUCUACGUCAUCAACCAGCCAGAGAGCUGAGGCUCACCAUCGGCAGCUGGAGGCCUAUGGGUACUUCUUGCCCAUCCAGACCAGGUGGCAGGACAAUGACCAGUAUGGCCACGUGAACAAUGCUGUGUACUACAGCUACUUCGACACUAUCAUCAACCACUACCUGAUCAGGUACUGUGGCCUGAAAACCAGCUUGCUGACGUCCCCCCUGGUGGGGUUCAUGGUGACCAAUCAGUGCAAGUACCACACACCCAUCAGCUUCCCUCAGAUCCCAGUGGCUGCCCUGGCUGUGGAGAAAGUGGGUCGCUCCAGUGUAUGCUACCGACUGGCUCUGUUUCCUCCUAAGCCCACCAAGGAGCUGCCUUCAGUAGAUCACCGUGACCUCACAGAUGGUUUUUUCUUAGGCCACCCUAAAUUAGCACAGUUUGACACUCUGGCAUGUACCACAGGGUCUUCAGUCCAUGUCUUUGUGAAUCCAGCCACUGGGAAACCAGAGAGCCUUCCAGAAGACUUCAGGAACAGUCUCCAGAAACUGAUGAGUCCAGCAUAGCAUGGACUAUAUCUAACACUGUACAUGGAAUUCAUCACGUCAUAAAAUGAAGUUUAGGUUGUUCUCUGUG